AAAAGCCUUUGGGCAAACGCAGUUAGAGCAGCAAUCCCAACGCAAAUAUCAACAUGUACAAACAUCUCUUCCUGAUUGUCGCUGUGCUGUUUGCCGUCAGCUGCGCCUACGACGAUGACGCCCAUGCCAAGGCGAAGGAGCUGCAUAAGGACGAUGGCCAUGGCAACUUUGCUUAUAGCUAUGAUAUAACGAAUGGCAUUGUCGCCCAGGAGUCGGGCGAUGCUCACAAUAAUGUCCAAGGCAAAUAUCGCUUUACCUCCAAGGAGGGCGUGCCCAUUGAGGUGUCCUACACAGCCGAUGAGAAUGGAUAUCAUCCGCAUGGCGAUUCGCUGCCCACUCCGCCGCCCACACCUGAGGCCAUACUCAAGGCGUUGGUCUACAUCGAAGCGCAUCCGCCCAAGGAUGAGCCAAAGGUGAGCCCACGCCCGCAGCCAAGCCAGAAACACGGUAGACAUUAGGCAUUCGCCAUUGUCCCCACUCUACGAUAUUUCAAUUGCAAUUGGUUGCGUCCUUUCAUCAGUUGGACAUAAAAAUAAAACUUUA